AUGCAAGGGAUAACAGGCGAAGCCGCAGUGGCUUUGAUAGAGUCGAUUUGCAAUGUACCUUUGGCUUCUCAGUCUUUGAGUGUUGUUAUAUUCCCCGUUUUAAAUCGUUGGGGUCGCGAUAAGGUUAUUAAGGAAGGUAUGAUGUGUCAGAGAAGCAAUAAGGAGGGUUUAGAUCUGAAUCGGGACUUUCCAACGAUUUUGGAAAAGACCGAUAGAGCUCCGGUGUCAAAGGAGAUUAAGUUAUUGAGAACAUUUAUGGACCAUUUUCAGCCGGGAAUUUUUGUCGAUGUGCACUCGGGUAAUGAGCUCAUAGGUCUACCACCUGGUUCGGAUCUUUUGGAUGUCAAAGGAUCAUCCAAGUCAAAAUUAAAUUUUAUGACUAAGUUCACUGACACAUAUUUGUCUGGAUUGAAAGUUGGCAAUCUUCAGAAGCUACUUAAAUAUGAUGCUCCUGGAAACUCUGUUGACUACGCCUUCACCACAUUGCCCUACCCUUCCCUUACACUCGGUGUGGAAAUAUACGAACAGUCAACUGCUUCGCGCACGGACGCAAUAAAACUACUAGGCGGUAUCCAAACCCAACCAGGAAGCCAAACUGCUGAUGUCCUUCGACGAGAACAAUGCCUAUUCCAAUUCAAUCCCUACAACCAGGACACUCUCAGCCAAACUUUGCUACAGUGGGUUCCAGUACUAUACAAAACCCUCGAUAAAGGAUUCCAAUUUUUAUCUCGUCAACCCAACGCAACCUUCUAG